GUUAGCGUGCAGCGCUCGCUGCUGCCGCAAAUUUGACUGCGUGAGGACAGCGACCACCAAUAGUUAUCUUAUCUGGAAAAGACAUCAUUGCACUUUUAGGCUCAACAAUGGCUGCUACUUACAUCCGUCCCAGGGCAACUAGUGCUAACUUUCUGCCUGCUAUAUCAACAAUGGCAUCAAGUUAUAAAGGCCACUAUCCUCUUAAUGUGUUUAGACAGAGUCUAAUGAUGCCUUGGAGACCUAGCACUUAUUACAAAGUGGCAUGUGUUGCUCCUACCAUGGCUUCUUUUACUACUAAUGUCCCUGGACAUAUUGAAGCCAAAAGCGUUCAUAUCCCAUCGAAUAGAACAACAUUACUCACCAGAUACACUCCUCAGGAUUGGCAUGAAUCUAACCAGACCAACUACAGAGAAUCAGAGUCUUACAGACACAGUGCAGAGAGGCUAAGAGCUGACACUGCUCGUCUGAUUCAAAACAAGGAAAACGUUACGAAGAAAACACAGUUUGAAACCAGCAAGAAUUUAGGAGAACGUGUGAAUGACAUUAUGUUUUGGAAAUCUGAAUUAGCUCAUGAGACUGAGCAGAUUAUAGGGGAGACUAAUUCUCUCCUAGAGGUCAAGAAACGGUUAGAGCGAGCCUUGACAGAAACUGAAGGUCCUCUUCAGGUGUCGCAAGAAUGUCUGUACCACAGAGAGAAAAGGAUAGGUAUAGAUCUUGUUCAUGACGACGUAGAGAAGCAGUUGUUAAAGGAAGUUGAAUGUAUAAAGUCCUGUCAAGAAAGAAUGAGAAGACAUCUGAACAGGGCAAUAGCCCAACUUACAUCAAAUAGAGGGACACAGCAUGAGCUGGAGCAGGAUAUCAGUGAUAAAAACACAGCUUACAGAAUUGAUGGGAAGUGUCACCAGCUACGCAACACAUCUGAUGGCAUCAGCUACUACAGAGGGGUGGAUCGUGUGGAUGCUACGAUUUCAGUCCCAGAGUCUUGGGCCAAGUACACAGAUAAUAACAUUUUGCGAUCGCAGAGUGAACGGGCUGCAUCUGCUAAACUCCGAGAUGAUAUAGAAAAUCUCCUUAAUUCAACUUCCAAUGAGAUGUGGAACCAGUUCAAUACUCUAAAUGUGUCGUUUACAAACCGCGUCUCUGAGAUAGCUGAAGCCAAAAAUAAGUUGCAGACACAUCUUGCUAAGACUCUUCAAGUGAUCUUCCAAACUGAGCUGACAAUUGAAAGCAUCAAAAGAGCAAUCAAAGAUAAGGAAGCACCUCUGAAAGUAGCCCAAACCCGUUUGGAUGAACGCACACGGAGACCAAAUGUGGAACUGUGCCGUGAUGCAGCUCAGAUUCAUCUUGUUAAUGAAGUCCGUGAACUUGACAACACCAUCCAGACCUUGCAGCAGAGGCUAAAGGAUGCAGAAGACACUCUACAAGGGCUGGUACAUACAAAAUCUACCCUGGAGUACGACCUCUCUGUUAAAGCAAACUCGCUCUUCAUUGACCAGGAAAAAUGCAUGGGAAUGCGCAAAGGUUUUCCAAGCACCCCAAGACUGGUUGGAUACACUUGAAUUUAAAAUAAAAAGACAUUUUCCAUUAGUUUACAAUGAACAGAUGCACUAUGCAUUAUCAUUGGUACAAUUGCUUAAAAUUUGACUGCUUCACUGGCGAUGGCGAGCUGUUGUAGCUCUUUACUGAGUCUAAAAGACAUAACGCACUAAAUGCUGCAAGCACCAAUGAGACAUGGUCUUUUGACUAAUU